AUGGCGUCUCUGCUAGGUGAAGUCCUGUUUGAAGUCGAUGGACAGAGUCCAGCUCCCUCUAAAGACUUUUACCAACUUGUUAUCACACAAAAAGAGGUUAUAUGGAGGUGGUGGAAGAUCUCAAUCCGGAGUGAAUUCAGAGGGACACCACCAGGAGAGAUAAAACAGUCCCACAAUGACUUUGUACAGGAUUCAGCACUACAGGAGCAGUUAGGUGUGGUGUUUGGACGUAGGAUUUUGGAUUACACCUUGUCUCUGUGCCAAGGAGUCUUUGACUACCUGGAGCGUUUACCUGACCAGCUGCUCUUAAAAGUUCUUUCUUUUGUGUCCGUCCAGGACAUUGGUCAUCUCAGCCAAACUUCAAGAAGGUUUAUGAAGCUGUGUAACUCUGAAGAGUUUUGGAAGAGCAUGUUGAGUCAUUUUAAUGUGAUAACUGAAGACAUGGAGAAGCUGGGAAAAGCCGUGGGCUGGAAGAAGCUCUUCAUCAUUUACUAUAAGCAAGAACAGCACUGCUUGGCAGAGGAAGAUGAACCCAAUCCUGUUGAUUCUCCAACAACACUGUAA